GGUUUUGUUGUUGGCAUCAACAGGACAGGUAAAGGAGGCUCCCACUGAUCUGCACCGAGCUGGUUCCCACCCACCUACAACCCCCCAGUGUCGCUCUCUCCCCUCCGCGGAGCCACUUGCAUGGAUGCGCCAUGGCCACGUUCGUCUGCCGGGUCCAGUUCUUAGACGACACCGAUCCGUUCAACAGCACCAACUUCCCAGAGCCGACGAGACCCCCCCUGUACACCUUCAGGGAGGAUAUCCCCCUCAUCAACCAGCUCGCAGGCGUCCACAGGCUGCUCAGAGCUCCACACAAGCUUGAUGAUUGUGCACUUCAGCUCUCCCACAAUGGAACCUAUCUGGAUCUGGAGUCCUCUCUGGAUGAGCAAAGAGAUGAGCUGGAGGGCUUUCAGCCGGACGACACGGGGUCCAGGGGGAGGAAGCACAGUGUCAUUCUGCGGACCCAGCUGACAGUUCGCGUGCACGCCUGCAUCGAAAAACUCUACAACUCCAAUGGGCGUGACCUGAGGAGGGCACUGUUCUCCUUAAAGCAAAUAUUUCAGGAUGACAAAGACUUGGUCCAUGAGUUUGUGAUGGCUGAAGGUCUGACAUGUCUCAUCAAGGUGGGAGCGGAAGCCGACCAGAACUACCAGAACUACAUAUUAAGAGCUCUGGGGCAGAUAAUGCUAUACGUGGACGGGAUGAAUGGAGUCAUUGGCCACCAAGAGACAAUCCAGUGGCUCUACACUCUUAUUGGCUCAAAGUUUCGUCUGGUGGUGAAAACAGCUCUGAAGCUGCUGCUGGUGUUUGUGGAGUACUCUGAGUCCAACGCACCGCUGCUGAUACAGGCCAUUACUUCAGUAGACACAAAGAGAGGCUGUAAGCCCUGGUCCAAUGCUAUGGAGAUCUUGCAAGAGAAGGACGGAGUGGACACUGAGCUGCUAGUCUAUGCAAUGACUCUCAUUAACAAGACGCUUGCAGCUCUGCCUGAUCAGGAUUCCUUCUAUGACAUGGUGGACAGUCUGGAGGAACAAAGCAUGGAGACUGUCUCCCAGAGACACCUGGGACGGAAAGGCACUGACCUGGACUUGGUUGAACAGCUCAACAUCUAUGAGAUGACCUUACAACACGAAGACGGUGACAACAACAGCCAGCCCCCACCAACAGGAUGCAGGGAUCGCCGACGGUCUAGCCUCGGUGUUGUGGACAAACAACGAGGCUUGGAGAGGCGACGGAGCCGUCGAGCCUCUCUGGGACGAUCUGGACAUGCCUCCCCCUGCAGUCCUGCCUCCCCACAGAGAGCCGGCUUCCAGCCUUUUAGUGGACACAGAGCUGAGGACAUGAGCGAGAGAACAUGGUCAGAUUGUCUUCCAUCCAUAGAGGAGGAAUGUGAGGAUAGCACAGAGGAGGAGGAGGAGGAGGAGGAGGAGGAAGAGACUCCUGUGACUGAGUCUGACUCGGAUGAGGAGGGGGCUAAUCAGAGCACCUCCAGCCAAGCUAAACCUCCUACAUCCACGGUUCACCGGACAACCCUUCAGUCCGUCACCAUCACCUCCAGAAAACUGAAUUUAAAAGAAGAUGAGCGAAGAAGCCUAGCAGAACCAUCCUCUUCAGAUACUUCCUCCUUUCCCUCUCCCCCAUCCAACAACUCACCCUCUCUCCUGACCACCCUGCUGGCCAGAAAAAGGUCCAUCGUCAUCGUCCCAGCCACCAAGGAAGUCAGCCCGCCCCUGCGCGGCACCUCCCGCCCGUCCCCUGAACGCCUGCCCUACCUGCCCCACUCGCCCUUCCACCUCUUCUCCUACGACCUCGACGAGGAAGCGCCACCUGCUGCUCAAAGUAAACGCAGCGAGGAGUCGUCCAAAGCUCCAUCUCCAAGGAAUGGAGGUCUGACGUCCUACUCCUCUCUCAGCACCCCGAGCACCCCCACAAGCUCAAGGCCAGCCUUGGGGGGACUCCUGUCCUCGUCUUACCGACAGCAUCAGGAGUCUCUGGCUGCGGAGCGAGAGCGCCGCCGCGUGGAGCGAGAGGAGAGACUGCUGCGGAUAGAGAGACAGGAGAGGAACAAGCACAGCCGCGACUAUGUGGAUAAAAUGGAGGAGGCCAGGCUCGCUCGGGAGGAGAGGUAUAAGAACGUGGAGCGUCAGGCAGCGGAGGAAUACGAGCGAGAUCGUGUCCGAGUGUCGAGAACUCACCCUGACCUCUGUCUGCCCUUCGAACCCUCCGAGGCCUGGCCCUCAUCAUCCCGUAGCAGCACCCCAUCCUCGUUCACCUCCCGUGAGGACGCAGAAGCUGAUCUUGAAGCUGAGGCCCCCUCCACAGCCUACGCACCCUCUGAGAACGGAGAGGCUGACGACUCUAGCGCCAGCGUAGAAACAGAAGAGAAAGUGACAGAAGCCACGAGCGGGGAAGUGGAAGAGCAGAAAGAAGAGGAAAGUGAGGACGUGCAGGAGGAAGAAGAGGCAGCAGACAAGGAGAAGGAAGUCGAGGAGCCCGAGCAGGAAGCAAGUAAGCAGAGAGACGAAGAAGCUGAGGAUGACAGCGGCAUCCUCAGCGACAAGGAACGACAGAACGAGGAAGUGAAUGAGAAGGACAACUGCUCAGCCUCCAGCAUCUCAUCCGCCAGCAGCACUCUGGAAAGAGAAGAGAGGGGCAGCUGUGAGAAUGGCUUCAAAGAGGCAGAGGUGAAGGAAAACUGCAACAAACUCCUCAACAGCAAACUCUUCAUGCUGGACAUGUUGUACUCCCAGAACACGAAGCCCAGCGCUGAGGAGGAGGGGGAGGAGGGGGAGAAAGAGAAAGAGAAGGGAGAGGGGGAGGAUAGGGAGACACAUCAGGACGCUAACGGACAACAGGGUGACGGCCUGCCAAGCGACAACAGGGACGACAAGUCCGAGCUCCGAGGGAGCAUCCGUCCGUUGGCUGAGCGGUUCGGAGACUUGGUCAAGGACCUCGGAUCGCUCCACCCUCACCUGGAUGUCCCCACCAUCGAUCCCCCUCCUCCCCCACCCAAAAAGGAGUCGGACACGAUCUGGGACCAGCUCCUGGCCAGCCCCCGAGAGCUGUGCAUCAGGGACAUCAACUUCACCGAUCUGACGGAGGACGACGACAAGGAUAUCCUGGAUGCUGUUUUGAUGGGAGGAUGUGGCGACCUCCCACCCCCGCCACCUCCUCCUCCUAUUAUGCGUUUUCCUCUGCCUCCACCUAUGCUAGGUAGCUGUCCCCCUCCCCCUCCUUUAAUUGGAGUUAUGAGGCCACCGCCCCCUCCCUCUUUUAGCGCUCCAGCACCAGUGGCUCCUCCCCCAGAGCCACCUCUUUUUAACAAAAAAAAGAAGACCAUCAGGCUCUUCUGGAGCGAGAUUCGGCCAUCCGACUCUCAGUACAGAGACAACAAGUGGAGUGGAGACUCGUUCUGGUCCAAAGUAGAUCCUGUAAAGCUGGACACGGGCAAACUGGAACACCUGUUUGAGACCAAGUCAAAGGAAAUACCUGUUACUAAGAAAACAGCAGCAGAUGGCAAACGUCAGGAGAUCAUCAUUUUGGAUUCCAAGAGGAGUAAUGCCAUCAACAUUGGCCUUACGGUCCUACCUCCACCUCGCACCAUCAAGACCGCCAUCCUGAACUUUGAUGAGUACGCUCUCAACAAGGAGGGCAUCGAAAAACUCCUAACCAUGAUUCCGACGGAGGAGGAAAAGCAGAAGAUCCAGGAGGCCCAGAUGGCCAACCCAGAUGUCCCACUGGGUUCUGCAGAACAGUUUCUCCUCACUCUGUCCUCCAUCAGCGAGCUCUCAGCUAGACUCCAGCUCUGGGCCUUCAAGAUGGAUUAUGAAGUGACAGAAAAGGAAGUUGCAGAGCCACUGCAGGAUCUAAAGGAAGGCAUGGAGCAGCUGGUAAAGAACAAAACUCUUCGGUACAUCCUCUCCACGCUGCUCACAAUUGGAAAUUUCCUCAACGGCACCAACGCCAAAGGCUUUGAGUUGACAUAUUUGGAGAAAGUUCCAGAAGUGAAGGACACAGUCCAUAAGCAGUCUCUGCUCCAUCACGCCUGUUCCGCGGUGGUGGAAAACUUCCCCGAGAGUACCGACCUCUACUCUGAGAUCGGAGCCAUCACACGCUGUGCUAAGGUGGACUUUGACCAGCUGCAAGAGAACUUGUGUCAGAUGGAGCGGCGUUGCAAAGCCUCAUGGGACCACCUGAAGGUGAUCGCCAAGCAUGAGAUGAAGCCUCAGCUAAAGCAGAAGAUGUCUGACUUCCUCAAAGACUGCGCAGAAAGAAUCAUCAUCCUGAAGAUUGUUCACCGCAGACUAAUCAACAGGUUUCAUUCCUUCCUGUUGUACCUCGGUCACCCGGCCUACAGCGUGAGAGAGAUCAGCGUCAACAGGUUCAGUAAAGUCCUCAGUGAGUUCGCACUGGAGUACCGAACCACCCGCGAGCGCGUCCUGCAGCAGAAACAGAAGCGAGCUGAUCACCGCGAGCGCAACAAGACCCGGGGGAAGCUGAUCAUGGACGUGAACGCUCCGUCUGACGAUGAAGACGAGCAUGAGCCGGGUCGGCACGGAUCAAGCAGCAGCAACAACAGCGCCCCCGGUGGCAGCCAGGAGAGCAAUCAGCCUCAGGGUCUGGGCCACACUGAGGACGCAGCAGAACACGAACACAUGAAGGCGGUGCUGAGAACCAGUCUGAGCAGCAGUGACAAGGAGGUCAGCGCUGUGCCCGGCCUUCGAACCCGGACCAGGUCACGACCCGGACGAGGAGGUCGCACCAUGCAGGCGUGGACACCGGCUAUGGAAGACACUCAGAGCUGUGGAGAUGAUGCUGCUGAUGAAAUCAUGGAGCAGAUUGUGCGGUCCGCCACUCAGGGUCCAGGAACCAGAUCACAGCCCAGAGAGAGGAGGAGAUCCAGGGCCAACCGGAAAUCAUUGAGGCGGACUCUGAAGAAUGGCCUGACUCCAGAAGAAGCACUUGCUUUGGGGCUGACGGAUUCUCCAGAGACAUGAAAUGAAAUCUUACCUCCUGCCUCCCACCUGUGGAAAUGCAGCUGUACACUUCAGCAGGACACUUCUGU